AUGGCUCCUAAAGUCGUAUCUGGCAAAGCUGCAAAGAAGGCUUCCAAAGUGAAGACCCCUAAGGUGGACAAGAAGAAGAAGAGGAGGAGGAAGGAGAGCUAUGCGAUCUACAUCUACAAGGUGUUGCGCCAGGUUCAUCCCGAUACCGGUAUCUCCUCGAAGGCGAUGUCGAUCAUGAACUCGUUUGUGAACGAUAUUUUCGAGCGUAUUGCCGCCGAGUCCAGCCGUCUUGCCCACUACAACAAGCGGUCAACCAUCACGAGCAGAGAAAUCCAAACUGCUGUUCGUCUAUUGCUGCCCGGUGAACUUGCGAAGCACGCCGUUUCUGAGGGCACGAAGGCGGUGACCAAGUACACUAGCACCAAGUAA